AUGAAGUGGCUUUUACGUGGUUACUGUUCCCCAUUUUCCAGAAUGAUGUUUCUGCAGUGUCCACUCUAUAUAUUGUUGGCUGUGUUCCUUGGGACUGGUCAUGCAAUUCCAAUUUUUGAUUGGUUCAGUAAAUUAGGAAGCCCUGGAGAUACAGAAAAAGAAAACUCAGAUGAUCCAAAGUUAAAUACUCAAGAUCCAUUUGGAUUAGAGGAACUCUUCAAAAAGAACUGUCUUCCUGGAAUACCAGCAAAUAAGGGAGAUGCUGGGCUUGGAGCACUUGUACCCAUGGUAACUGAAUUUCAGAAGCAAGAACUACUUCAGCUAAAGGAUCAACUAAAUAGCUUUGAAAAAGCUCUUCAGUUGAAUGGAAAAAUUCAAAAAGUAGGAAAAAAGAUACUGGCCACCAACGGAAAGGAAGUCGAUUUUGCCACCUCCAAAACCACCUGUGAAGCUAUUGGUGGAAAUAUUGCCACUCCAAUGAAUGAUGAAGAAAACAAUGCUAUCCUGACAUUUGUAAAGGAGCACAACAGAUACGCAUUUCUGGGAGUCAAAGAGGGUCUUGUGCCUGGGAAAUUCAGUUACUUAGAUGGGACACCAGUCACUUAUACUAAUUGGUACAAAAAUGAGCCCAAUAGCAAAGGACAAGAACAAUGUGUUGAGAUGUACACCGAUGGCAAAUGGAAUGACAAAGGCUGCAACCAAAAUCGUCUCACCAUUUGUGAGUUCUGA